CUUCCUACUCCUAUACAGUUGAUCAUCAAGCACAUCAUAAAAUCUGGACAAUGACAGAAGACCCAAGAAUUAUAUGGUCACCGGCGCCCGCAGAGCAACGCGCUCAAUGGAAGUCAGCCUUGGAAGGCAGCACUCCCAAUCCAGAACUGCCCGUCACGCUGGAACACAUCUUGUGCCGAGCUAUCCUCAGCCAUGACUUUGACCUUGUCCGAGCCUGUCUUUCGAAAGAGGUAGAGCUCAACAGCUGGGUCCAUGAGUCGGUUGGAAUGCGCCUGUCUCUUGACCUAGUGGAGAUUCUCAUGCCUGCAGGGCUUGACGUGAAUUACAAUCUCGGUCGGCAGGGAUACUAUAUUACCAUCGCUGUCCGGAAAAACGAUCUCAGUCUUGCCGAGUACCUCUUACAGCACGGGGCUGAUGUGAACAAGCCGGGCAUGGUGUACCAGUUUCCGGCUGUCGCACUGGCGGUCUCGAAUGACAAUGCCGAGAUGGUGGAGCUGUUGAUUCAACAUGGCGCCCAGAUUGAUGGUUCUGGCGCGUUAGGGAUGGCGGCUGCACAUGGCAAGUUGAAAAUGCUCGACCUGCUACUGUUCAAAUAUGGAGUGGAUAUCAAUAUCAAUGAUAAUGACCGGAAGACUAAUCACCUUCGGUUUAUCAUGAAGAAUAAAGACUUUACGGCGUUGCACGAGGCAGCCGCUGCAGGCCAGGUUGAUGCUGUUACUUACUUGCUGAAGCAUGGGGCCAAUGCGGAUCUGGAGGCUGAGGGACGAACGCCUGUCAUGGUAGCUCGGGAGCGAGAACACUGGGAGGUGGUGGAAUUAUUGGAGAAAUAGUCAAGAUCUGUAUUUAUUUUUGUCUGCGGAGGACCCUAGCAGGUGGGGAUGCGGGGCGGACGGGUUCGGAGCGGAUCGGUGUGGGGAAGGGCAAGCCCACGGUUCCUGGUGAGAUCUACUUGGUUAGAAGUCUCUACAUUUUAUUUACAGGACUGAUCAACUGUGCUUUGAUGUAUAUUUAUAUACAUUUUCAGCAUUGUGGAUUUAUAUUGAAGCGCAUACGCGAUAACCAUCGACCAAGCAUCUGCUUGAACAAGAACCCAAUCGCUA